AUGGAUACAAUCAAUAACAAUACUCAAAAGAAAGAUGAUGGGUCAUCUAUGACGACGACGAUGACAUCAAAUGAAUGGACUAUUAUACAAUCACUGGAUUGUAAUAUAACCAAUCUUGCAUUUUGGUAUGUGAUGGAGAAAUGGGCAUACAAUCCUCAACAUACAUUGAAACCUGUAAAGAAAUACUAUAUGAUCUCAAAAACAACGUUAAAUGAUCAGAAUAGUAAUAAUCCCAUUUCAACCGUUCAUUAUCAUUCCAACAAUACAGCUGGUAGUGAUACGACUACUACAUCGACUAGUAGUACGACUACUACAUCUACUACAUCGACCUCAAUCAGUAGUGAUGGACAAGAGGGUGAUGAUGUUCAAGAUAGACACCAUUCAAAUGAAAAUGAAGAAAAUGGUGGAGGUUUAAUAUCAGAAGAAUAUUUGGGUGAAACAGAUAAUGUCGAUGAUGAUGAAUCGAAACCAAAGAUUUCAAAGAUUAUUUAUAAACGUCAUAUAAUACCAAGAGUUAUUGAAAAAGAUAAUGAAAUCGAUGAGAUUAUAACACAUGAUCUUUUAAAUGUUACAUCUACCUAUUCUCCAGUGUUUCCUAACCAAGAAUCAAUGGUACCUUUAUAUUUACCAUUUUUUUAUCCCAAGGUAGUUGAAUUUAGAUACCGAUUUGUAAAUAAUAAUAAUAACAAAAGAAAGUUUGAUCAAGAAAUCGACAACCCAACCAAAAAUAAUAAUAAUAAUAAUAAUAAUAAUAAUAAUACAAUUCCCAACUCUACCAUUUAUUUUGAAGUUAAAUAUUUCUCAAGAGAAUAUCAAUUAAAAUAUUUGGAGAUUUUAAAAAAUCUAGGUAAAGAAUUGUUAUGCAAGGUUGGUAAAUGGGGAUCAAAUUAUACAACCUAUCAAAAACAUGCACAUUAUGAUCGGGUUGUACCGAGAAGUGUGUAUAUCGACCAAUAUGAAAUACUAAAAGAAAAAUAUAAAUCAAUGGCAACGAAUUGGUACGAAGUGACAUGUUGUGAUCCACAGAAAUAUGUAUAUGAAGAUGUUGCAAUAGCAGCCUAUUUGAUAUGUUUGUGGAAAAUGGAAGAGACUAGCAAAUCAUUGACAACAAAACAAUCAUUUGUAGAUCUUGGAUGUGGUAAUGGUCUAUUAGUAAAUAUAUUAAAUAUGGAAGGAUACAAUGGUAUUGGAGUGGAUAUUAGAAGUAGAAAAGUUUGGAAAUACUAUGAUGAAAAGGUACAAUCAAAAUUGAUUGUUGAAAGUGUCAUUCCCGAUCAAGUAGACUAUUCAUCGUACGACUGGUUGAUUGGAAAUCAUUCAGAUGAAUUGACUCCAUGGGUACCAUUCAUUGCUAGCAAGACACCCAAUCAAAGAUUCUUUCUCUUGCCAUGUUGCUUUUUCAAUUUCUCUAAAAAGUUUCAAGACAAUGAUAAAAAGAUUGGACAAUAUGCAACCUAUCUAAAUUACAUUGAAAACAUCUCUACUAGACUAGGUUUUACAGUCACCAAAGAUGCUCUACGUAUUCCAUCAACCAAAAAUAUUGCCAUCAUCUCUACCAGUUGUACAACUAUCACAGACACUGAUGAAUUAAUUAAAAGUCGUCAAAAAUUAUUGGAUCAAUGCAACUAUAAAUCAUUUACAGCUAGAGAAAGUGAAGUUGGCAAAUACGCACCUCAAAAAAGAUAUAAACCAGGUCAAUUUAAUCCUCAUUUAGGUAUUAUCAUGCCUGAUAACAAAAAAAACAAAAAAAAGAUUAAUAAUCAAAAUAAUCAAAAUACUAAUCAAGUUGACAAUAAUGAUGAAAAAUAA